CUCAUUCGAUCCGGCCCCACGGUGAAACGCAACGGCCUAGUGUUAUUGUGCCAACCCGGAAGAAAGUGUCACUUUGCAGGUAUCUCUCCCAAUCGUUGACACUACAUACCGUUUGGUAUCUUCCACUGUCUGUGUCGCUCGCUGCUGCUACUGCUGACCCAAAUGGCAGAUAAAUUCACGCUCCCCAGCAGCAAAGACCGCGCUCUGAAGGGAAGAGAGGAGAAAAUGGUCGUGGCAGGUAAAUCACACACGGUGACAGGUUGUAUCCAGAGUGAUCGAGUUGGCACGCGGGGGGUGGGUGACACUCUUCACGUUUCCUGACCGUGGGAAGCUAAUUGCCAUACUUCACCUUGCAAAACCUCACUACCUAAAGUACAUGUCCUGCAAUGCUCCUAAACCUCCUGAGUGUCUCUGAGAUUUGUGACUGGGGGUCUUUUUGAGUCAUUUUUUUGAGUUUGAUCAAAUCUAAAGUUGCAGCAAAAGUUUAAUGAGAUGUUUUUAUUAAUAAUUUAUCAUACAGUGUGGAGGAAAUUAUUUUAGCUCACUCUGGCAUUCAAAGAAAUACUAUUUUUUUUAUCACUGAAGUUUUUUUCUACAUGUUUGGUCUUGUAAGCGCUUUGAUAUCCCUUAUAGUCAAAUGAAACACCCUAUUUUAUCUCUGUUUUUAUCUGUUUGACAAGACAAACAUGUUCUUUACCCCCCUGACCUGUUUUGCAAUCCUUUUUGCAAACCAUCUCAGAUGUGGGCAUGACUAUUGCAAAACCUUGUCCUGCCCUCACCUGACAUGAAGAGCAAACAAUGUGAGUUGCAGGAUCAGGGCACAAGUGCAUAUGAAGAAGUGGUGCCGCAGCGUCCAGGGGCCCAUCUGGGCAUUAUGCGCAUGAAGGCUCCGCCCCAUCAUAAGUUCCUGCUCCGUCUGUCAGAGCAGCUCGGAGACGCCGCAUGGCAGAAAUCUGUUCCUCCCCUUUCACUGUGGGGUGCAGCUUAGGUGGGGACAGGGUUGCUCUUGUGUGUUCAUGUGUGUGUUUGAAAAUCAGUGUUUGUUGCCAUUGGCUGGUAAGCAUGAGUAAUUAAGGGACCGCAAGGAUUGUUUCCACAUACUCACUGUGCAGGCACAGUCUUGCAUGUUUGUGAGUAUAUACAUUUGUCUCCUCACUGUAACGACAAUCACUAAACCUGCAAGUUGCAUCUUUCCCUCGAGCCAAAGAGGCUGCUGGUCCCUUGUACUGGUGUCCCAGUGUCCCAUGUCCCCUCCUUUGCUCCAGCCUGUAUAAUGUACACUGUGACCUUGGCGAGAAUGAUCCAGUGGCAGAUUGCUACAUGGUAGGGGCACAGUGGCUAUUAUUUUGAGUCAGUGCAGUAUAGACUGCCAAUAUUUCUUCCAAACAGGAUGGGGGAGGUCAGCUGACCAAAAUCAAUCUCUGUUACAUGCUUCACUAUAACUCUUCCAAGCAGGUUCACGGCAAAGAUAUAUUUCUUGAAUUAUUUCUCUGUUGUUUUCCCAUCUCUACUUUCCCAGAUGUCCUUGAUUUUUUCCCACCUUUGCAUAUGGUUUAGAGGAGAAAGAAAGAGCAAGUAACUAAAUGAAAGAACAUGCAAAUCAACUCUGGAACAGUAGAUAAAUAAAUGAAAGAAAUCUGCUAAUGGGAGGAACUGUGGUUCGCUGAUAAUAAAUAUUGCUUCAGUGCGUAAAUAUCUUCUGUUCCUGCACGAGUCUGCAGGGAUAUCCUUCAGGUAGUUUGAUUUUUAUACCACAGAAAGUUACGAGGGCUGGUGACCCUUUCACACAUAGGCUGUGCUCCUAAAGAUUUCUCAAGAUUGUUGGGAAAAUCACUGAGUGUGGCCGACUUAAUGCAGAUGUAUUCCCUAGUCACCCCUAGUCAGCGACUGCUCACUUCAGUCGCAAGUGUGUAGUAUGCUGCUUGGCAUUGGCUGGUUAUUGGUUUCAAGGUGUGCCUGGGAGGUGUGGUUUGGAAAAGUUGCACUUGAAAAACCACUGAAAUUGUUUGUCAUAUAACUCCUACACUAUAAGUUAUUCAGCCCCCUGUCAGUCAUUUGUAUUAUGUUAGUGAAUGUUCAUGUACAAGAGAAACUGCAAGGUGACAUAUAUGUUAGCCAGCUAGCUAACAUUUGUAUUAUGUUGGUGAAUGUACACGUACCAGAGAAACUACAAGGUGACAUAUAUGUUAGCCCACUAGCUGCAAGUAGCUGGCACCCUGCCUAAGUCAGUUUAGUGUCUUAGCUGUCCUCAAAAAGAGAGAGCAUACAGGCAGUGUGAGAGAAAACAUCGAGAAGUCGCUGCAUCGAGCAUCUUUUUCAGGGCGCUCAGGCCGUUUAUUUAUCGUCAGUUACACCAGCAACUAGCCCGAACGGUUUUUACAGUCCUAGUUUUGAUGCUCCACCUAACCAAUCAUAAAGAUUAUCCAUAUAGAUGGAGUUGGACCAGUAUUUCAGGUACUCGCCUGCAAAUCUGUUUAACAUUGUAAAAAAAUAAAAAAACAAUCAGAGUAUUCUUGGUCAUACCCACUACACAUAGAAGUGUGUGCAUUUUAAGAUAUUUUUCUGUUUUAUUAAUGUUGACUAAUGUUCCAGAUAUUCUAUAUGAUGUUUGAACUCAAGAUAGUUGUGGUUGUUUUUAACCUACAGUCCUAAAGUCCCAGACAAUGAUACAUUUUAGAGCUGUCAUCCCAAUACUGCAAUAUUGUGAAACUGUGAUUUUUUUGCUUUAGGCUAUCAAACCAUCAGAAUCUCAUACUGCCCAUGCCUGUUUGCCACAUUGUUGUUCGUGUUGCAGAAACAAUCCAUUAACACAAAAAAGGUCUUCAUUGUGGGAGAUCCCUCUCCUGCAUGCGCCACCCAGCCGCGCCCACUCAGCUAAAUCAAACGUAGUGCUACAGGCUAUAAGAGUGCAUCUGACACAGAUAUUUUAUCCCAGUGUGCAACAUUUGUAAGAGGGAGCUUCCUGAAAACAUCCUGGGCCUUAUUGAACUGAAAUCAUCAACAAAAUGUCCGGAGUUUAUCUGUGUAAAGGACUUGAGCCUGCUGGGAUUCAUUGGGGUUGUUUUACUUUGACAGAAGUAAAAUUGUAAAAUUUAAGGGUACAAGGUCUGUUCCAUCCUCUUCUUUCCACAUUGAAUACUGCAUAAAAGACAUGAAGCCAGGCCUCAACAGGAUGUGCCUCCAUCUUGCUGGAUGGAGCCAGAGCCAUAGUAGGUAGCCUUCUCCAUAGCAACUGUUUCCGUUGCUAGGAUACAGUAUGUAUGGAAUGCAUGGAUGGCUUCAAAGUUGUUCCCAUCAGAGUCCAGACAGUUUUCCCACCCUGAGCAGAGGCAGCUUGACAUGGAUUCAAGUGUCACAAGACUAAGUUGAGUUGAUUGUGACUUACUUCUCGCUGUUCCUAAUAAUCAACCACCCCCCUCUAGUCUUGCCUCUUUCCUCCCCUCCCCUCUGUUGCCCCACUCCUUCCUCCUCUACCCAUCCUCCCAUCCAGCAGAGGGUAGUUGGCACCAGUAUAAAGCGUCAGCCUCCUCCGACGACUCGUGCCUGACUCUCUGCCAACCUGUGUGAAGCUAGAAAGAGGAAGAGGGAGGGAAGAGGAAGAGAGAGAAUGGAUUUUUUUUUGGAAGGAAAUAAACAAAGCAGCCUGAAAAUCGACCUUUCCUGUUACCAGUUUUGGCACCCAGGGAUGGUACCUCUCCUGUUCCUCUGCAUGAGGGGGCAGCAGCGCUUGGACAUCAGUUUUACGGGUGAGAAACUCGGGACCACGGCUAGAAUCGAAGGGUAACAAAGAUUAAAUACCCACCUAAGCGAGUACAACUUGAUCGUUAAGCAACAGAUUGUAGUACCGUCGACUGAUGGUAGCCAUGAUUCAAGCAAUGUGGCAAGGCGCAGGGUCCAGUGUUUUGGUUCUGGUCCAGCCGCCUACAACCACCAAGCUAAAAGCAACAAAAGGUGGCCAAAGUUUUCCGCCUCAGCCCGCCGUACUUUACUGUUCUCUUCAAAUAUCCUCAAAAACAAAGGUGCACAAAGAAAUUACGCCCUUAGCUCAUCCAAGUUGGUAAAAAAGUCCUUUUCAUGAAACCAUCCCCCAUAUUCAGCCCGUUCUCUUCUUUUGUAAGCUCAGUCAGACACCCGCCUGCUUGUGUUUUUGUCGUCCUCUGUUCUUUCUUUUGCCGGCGUAGUGAGGCAGCGUAGUGAGAGUAUUCAGCCAAUUCUUCCUCUGUGCCUGUGUGUUAAGGUGGGGUAAUUCUGGCAGAAUGGGGUGUGGGCGCUGGGCUGGCAAGGGGACGGGGGUUGCGGGUAGGGGGGUUAGGCGCAGUGAAAGGAGCUAUCCUGGCACCACCUGGACCUCUGCCAGCUGCUCCAUGGGAGAAAUACCCACAGCAGAGGUUGGUGUGUGUGAGCGAUUGUGCAGCUGAUUGAGUGCUUGUGCGCACGCAGCCAGGCAUGCACGUGCUUGUGAGAGGAGAGUGAGGGAUGAUGGGAAGGUGGUGUGAGGAGGACUGUGAAGUGAAGAUGGAGGGCGGGGUGGGUUGGCCCACACUUGGCUUCUCUGGACAGGGAAGUGUUGGCGUGUUCUUGGCCAUCUUCAUUUUUACCUCUCUUCUUUUGUUUGUUUAUUUGUUUGCUUGUUUGUUUUCCCUGUGUUCUCUCUUGGAUGAAGUGGCUGGUCGCUUUAUAUGGCGCCCAAAGGCAUGGCGAUCUAAAAGCCAAAAGAAUCCUUCACUGCCUUUCUGCUUUCCCUCAUCUGUUGCUUCUCACUGGCUAUUUACUCCUUUUAUUGUUUUGGCAGGCUGAUCUCUCCUCCUCCCACUCCUCCUCCUCUAUCGCACACUUGUCUCACUCUCUCAAUUUCUCUCCCUCAUUUGGCAACUUCACUGCUUUUAUUUCACUGGCCAGAGAGGCAGGACAAGAGGGUGAGAGUGAACAGGAUGGAGCCGGAACAAAACUCACAGGAGAAAAAGAAAGAUUUUCUCUUUCUCUCUCUUCUCGCCACCUUAAGUCACCCCUGUGGAAUACUUAUCCAGCACAGUCACCGACACAGAUCCACUCUGAUUGUAGCUGACUGUGCCAGUGAAUAUGACCUGGCAGAGCCAAACAACCUGCUGCUAAAAGACAGAACUGUCACACAACAAGAGGGCUGCCUUGAGGCAGCCAGUCCUCCCUGACAUUUCCGGGGUCCUCAAAAGCUUCUGCAAUCUGUUACCAAUCACAAAAACCAAAGAAGUUUGUCUCAUAUCACAAGUGCCCUUGAGAUGGCACAGCGAGACAGGUGGUAUCAGGUCAAGUGCCUCCUUGCUUCUCAUUGAGAUGUUAGUAUAAAAUGUUUCCUGUUCAAUGUCAGUGCAUUCACUAAGACUCCAAUAUUGGCAGAUAUAAAGCACUAAUAUCCAAUGCUAUGACUACUAGUGUUACUUCUCUGUCACUUAGAGUCCUACUCUGAUCAUUUUUUUACUAUUUAAAGUGUUCUCAGUGGUCUUUAAAUUGUGAUUAUGAAGUUUUUUUUUUUGUUGUUUGUUUUUUUACCAAAAAUCGUGUUACGUGUCAUUUUCAAGGGCUUUUUUCCAGAGCUGCAGAGCUCCAGUAGAUCAUUAGCAAUCUGGAAGACAGCGCUGCUCUGCACACUCAACUUCACGUUAGCUUGCCGCCUAACAUUGCUGGUGUAGUAGAAGUGGCAGGUAACAUAGGAGUCGAUUCAGCUCUCGAACACUAAUGUCUUUAGGGACAUAAUGAAAGUUAAUAUCAUAAUUAGUUUUCUUACGAGCAUUGUAAUCUGCUAACGCACAUGCUUGUUCCACGAUCAUCCUCUGCAUUUCUUCUCUAUAUGCAGAGUGUGGCCUGCAUAGUGGAGCUUGGAUUGGUUACGUAUGAAAUCUCACUGUUUCUGAACCUGCCGUUUGGGUCUGCCAGAGAUUCAGAGCAAUUUGAAUGAAGAAAUACUCAGAAAAGCAAUUUCACAUUUAGUUUUCUGAUGAUAGGUCCUGCAGCUUCAGAAAAAUGCCAUAUGAACAAAUAAAAAACAAGAAAAACACAAUUUUCAUCGGAGUGGGUCUUUACAGUACCACUGCUACUGUCACUGCAAACCAGAUGCAGUAUAGAUCCAAUAAUGGGAGGUGAACAUGAUGCCUUUACUGGUAUCCAGUAUCGCUCAUACCUGUAACCAGUGACUGACGCUGUUACUGGUACUGUAUCCAGUACUAAUACAGGUGCCUUAUAAUGCCGUUUGUAUUAGUCCAGACGCUGGUACUAACUUAUUGACAGUGGUUCCUUUUUCUGAUACUGGUCCUUGAUACUAACAAAGCUAUGAAAGCACCUCCAGCUUCUUUGCUUGCUGGUUAUCCUCAAAGGUUUUAUUUUCAUAUCCUUGUUUUUCGUUCUGUUUUAGGUUUUGUCAAAAUUCAAAAACUACCAAUUAGUAAAUGUACCAACAGUCCAUUUUUCCAUGAUUUGGGUCAGUGUCACAAAUCAAAUCUCUUACAACCAGAGACCACUCACACAUUGAAGUCCAUUAAUGGUAUGUGCCUAAGCCCUUAGUGUACCCUGUGGCCUGUUUAUCUGUAGACUAAUAUUAGUGGUUGCAGUACAAACCAGCCUUGCUUAGUGGAGAUUUGCACGCUAAGUCACCUCAGUCUUCUUAAACCCUAAUCCUCCUCACACAUCUGUGGGGAUACACUGACACACACACACACACACACUUCCUUUUUAGCACUCUAAUUCCACGCAGCACAGUUGGCAAUAGAGUGCCAUCCACAACCCCUACUUCCUCCCCCCCUCCACCCGUCACCUCCCAGUACUCCAGUUUGUUUUACUUAUGAGGUAUUUUUACCGAGCAGAAGAUUAGGCCCGCUCGUGAGGUUAUACAAGUGUGCCCCAGAAGUGUCUCCAGUUGAUCGCAUUGUGGAUGCCCAGUGGUGCCAAGCCUUGCGUUUAAUACACUCACAUUCAGAGGCAUGCGGUGGGGUAAAAGAGAGAUCAAAAAAUAACUGCAUGAUUGUGUGUAAUUGUGGGUAUUACGGCGAGGACAGCAGGGAUAGAAUGUCGGUCAAAGCCGUGUAAUCUCUUAAAUGUCUUCCAGUGCAGAAACCUCUGCCUCUGAUCCGCCGGCCCGGGUCAGCCUGUGACGAUGCACAGAACCAAGAGGCCUGACUGAGGAGGCCACUAAUGGACCUCUUUUACUCAUAUACUGUAAUUUUUAGUGUUUAAACACAGUCUUAUGAUCUUAUUUUACAUAACACACUGUCCUGUCUCACAGAUACACAUGCAGUCAAUGGGAAUGCUACUGUGGAGCCUUUUCCAGACGGCAUGGAGAACAUCAUGUUUGGUGAGACUGCACAAUCACACAUUUUUGUAAUCAGAUUCAACCCAAUAUGGAAUUCUGUGAUAGCAGUUUGUGGUUGUUGACACAUUUCGAUGAAGUGUUGGUCUCUCUCUUGAACAGAAGCACUAAUUUGGCUUGUGUGUUUGUGUUUUGCAUAUGUGUGUGUUGCACGCUGUCAUUAUGUCCAGGUAUGGGCUGUUUCUGGGGAGUAGAGAAACUUUUCUGGAAGUGUCCAGGAGUCUACUCCACACAGGUGGGCUACGCCGGAGGCUUUACACCAAACCCGAAUUACGAAGAGGUCUGCACAGGUAACUCGCUCUGCACCAAGCACACAUCCUCGGCACUUUGAUAGAUAUUACCUGACUGUGCCCGUCCCUGUGCGGAGGUGAAGUGGGCUGCCAGGACAUUUCCCUGUCAGAUCAGUCAGGGUUCAAGAGACGCCAAAAAAAAAAAGGCAAAGGGAAGAAGAAAACGAAACAGAUAUUCGGAAGGGGUGUUUUAAGUACGGCGCUCUCAUCCUCUUGCCGCCUUCCCUUCAUCUGCAGUCAACUACUCAGAAUGCACCGCUCCAGAUGGGCUGCACCCCUCCCGUCCCCGCCCCCCCAUGACCUACUUGUAAGGAUUGGGCUCUGUACUGUGCUGUAUUGCGGUGUUUUUUUUUCUUUUUGCUAGCAGAGGUUACUGUGUAUAAAGCGCCACGAAUUUUCUGAUGAUUUGGCGAACAUGAUGUUGCCAAUACAAGCUUUGAGUUUGUUGCAAUUGCUAUGAAAGCCCCUGGAAAUUUCUGGCUGUUUGUCUACAUCCAAAUUUGUUUCUUCCUGUUUUCUGCAUCAAAUAUAUUCAUGUAGGGCACUAAUGCAUAAUUCCAACGAAACCAUCUAGUUCUGCCUUGUACUUUUCUCUGGGGGUUUUGAGAGUCGUGAGCUGUUAGGUUUUUUGGCUCCUCUUUUUUUUGGAGGGAGCAUCAUUACAGGCAGACAUGGAGUCUAGGUGCAGACACAGCACAGGGGACAUGGAGAGGAGGGGAAACGCAUUUGGGUUUGGUUGGCAGACUUUCUGAGCAGAGCCCUUAAAGGGAUUUUAUGUUUCCUAUGCGUCUCUAAGUCUCUUUUUCUGUCAGCUUCCCAGCAGCAAGAUGGUCAGCUAUAAGAGGAGGAUGGAGUUGGAGACAGAUGAAAAUGAAAGAUUGAAAGCUGCAGCAUGGGAGGGAAACGGCUAAAACAAACUUUUAGAGGAGGAAGAAAAUUGUAGGGGAAAAAAAGUGUGAGAAAGAACGGUUGCCUGUCCAUCGGCUGAGAGAGUGCAGGCGUCGCUCCAGUGGCCAUGACGGAGCAGAACACUGCGAUGGCAUGAGACCGAGGAGCUGUCAACACAGCCAGGGCAGGACAGACAGCUGGAUGGACAGACAGACGGACAGGAAGAAGGGGAUGAUUGAACUGUCAGCAGAAGUCAGGGAAGGAUGGAACGACAGACAGAUAGGUGGAUGGCCUGACAAACAGAAAUGGGAGAGGUUGAGAGAUGCAGUCAAAUUUGAUGACGGAUAACAGAUGACACUGACAGUUGAGAAAUAGAUAGAAGAUGUUAUCAAUUGGCAUGUUUCAGCUCGCCUAAUACACAGAAUUGUCCAAUUUGUUAUGCAUAUCCGGUUCAGAAUCAAGAGCUGAAGCAGUAACCAUUUGUCCAUUUGCUCUGCAGGGUUGCAUGAAAUCCAGAGACAUCACAAUAGCUCUGUGGUCAUGUGUUUCAUCCAAGUGCAGAGAGACCUUCAACUGUUGGUUAGGAAUAAUCCAAAACUGUGUUAUUUCAGUUAGUGUAGUAUUGCAUUGCCAAUUCUCCUCGAGCAGAGACCAAUAAUUGUCAGAACAACAAGUUGCAGCCUGUAAAGAAAAUGACUCUAAUAUAGAAAAGCAACCAGCGCUGUCAUUUCCCUGAUAAGGCCAUCCCUUUAUGAGUCAAGUUAUACUGGCUCCAUCAGCAGACAACGGUAUGAAAUGAAAAAACAAGACUGAGUGGUGAUUUGGGAGGUUAAUUAAUUCCUCCUGCUGAAGCGUCCUUCAGCCAAACAAUCUCUACUAGCUUUAGUGGUGCUGGUUUGUAUCACCUUUAAGCCUUUCACCCCCUUCAGCUUGGACAAGCAUGUAAAUCCAUGCAGGUGCAUAUCCACUUUUUAGCUAGUUUUGCAGUUGCAUUUCAUUUUUGUGCCUGCACCCAAACUCAAAUGUUUGUAUUAGAUGACAUUUCUUCUGUUUUAGAGUCAUAAAGCAUAAAAAAGUCGCCUUCCAUGCACCUGAUCCAUCGUCUACCUGUGUGUCUGUAUUUACAUACUGUAUAUGUGCAUGACUAAUGUGUGACAAUGGAAAAAGAUGGCUGCAGCUUAUAGAAUCCCAAGCCAACAACACCUGUGUGUUUAGUUUUAACAAAGGUGCAUGUUAGCAGUGAGGCAUGUGAGUAUUUCUCCUUUCUGCAGUAAAUAUGUGCAUGCACGGACUUCCAUGUGAGACCCAAAGCAUGCCCAAGUUUAAGAAUGCCUGCAGGCAGCAUGUUGAAGCUUUAGGGUCCUGGCAGCUGCAGACAGUAGCAGGUGUCUAUGUGCUUUUGGCAACUGUCACCAUAAGCUCCAUCCUUUACUCUCUCUCUCUCUUCCUCUAUCUCUCUCGUACUUUGUCUCCCUCACACAUGCUUUCUCCCAUUGUGCCACAAGCAAUAACAAAGCUCCAUGUGGAUUCAACCUGAGUGUCUUCUACCCCUGGCGCAUGAACCCAAUGACACAUGCAACCAACUCACAAGGAUGCUAUUCAUAACCCUUGUUCUCUCUUAAAUUUUCACCUGGCAUCUUUCUCAUUUUAGCAAAUUUUAUUCAUUUUCCAUGUCAAAUAAUAAAGGAAAUUUAGAGGUGUAGAAUAUGUGGAAAUGUGGAGUCAAGCAGAAGCUAAAAUAUCACCUGACUUCAUUUUUUAUUGAUGCAGCUUUAUGUUUUUUUUAGGUCUGACAGGCCAUACUGAGGUGGUCAGGGUGGUCUUCUCCCCGGAAAACAUCCGCCUUGAAGAGCUGCUCAAAACCUUCUGGGAGAACCACGAUCCCACUCAAGGUAACACAAACGCACGAACCCACACAGAGCCCAAAAGUUGCCCUCAAAUAAGACCCGUCCCGAGGGGCACGGUGUGUAUUAGAGCAGAAGGAUGAUGCCCAGACGUGUGCCUGUGUGCGUGUGGUUGUGUGUGUGUGUGGGUGUGUGUGGGUGUGUGUGUGUGUGUGUGUGUGUGUGUGUGGGGGGGGUCUCAUGGGUGUUAGUCAACGCCAGACAGUGUUAAUGUGUCUGAGAUCCAGCCAUCCAUGGAGAGACACACACAAGUGUGGUGCAGGUUCAGGCCCUAAAACUCUGUCUCUCUGUUGGAGCAUGUGUAUGGUAUGGUAUACUCCACAUAUGGACUUCUGGAUGAUGCACCCAUGAUCCUAGAUUAGUUCCAGGUUUGAUGUCACUAUGCAAAGUGCAUGUAAUGAGUAAGCGUACCUGUAGAACUUUUCUCUGCAGGUGCAAAAUUUACCCCAACAUAAUUCAACACUGUUGUCGAGCAGUUUCUUUUUCCUCUUCCCUCUCUUUAUACACCACAUAUGUUCAGCUUCAUAGCAUUUGAAUCUUCAUCCCUUACCUACCUCUUUAAUGACACACGCCUCUCCCCCACCCAUCAAGAUCCCAUCCCCCAUAACUCAUCACUCCAUCUCUUCCAGUCUCUUUUGCUCUCUUGUUCUCUGUGCUCACUGGAGGAGGUGAUGUAAGGACAUUAAUGCACCGGGAGGGCACAAGGAGGAUGUGUGUAUGUGUGUGUGAGGGAGACAGGACAGGCAAAGAGGUACUCUGCUCACUCAUAUCGAGUGGAGGGAGGGGGCAUGCCAAGUUGGGAAGAGAUGGAUCAAAGAUUCAUGGGCUUGGCCUUCGGUCCUGAAACAGACAGGAGAAUACACACACACUCAGUGACAGUGCCCAUGUCUGUUCCUUUGUCUCUUAAACAUCUAUCCCAGUUGUUUUCACAUAUAAAGCAUGACCUAAAUAUACUAAAACAUCUGCUGUGUUGUGCAUCUACCACAAAAACCCAGCUGAGUGCGUACCCCGGCGUACAGAUCGACUCUAUGUUCCAGAUUUUCUUUGCAUUCCACUUCAACAGGAGCGGAGUCGAAAGAAACUGUCUGUGCCGAGGUUCAUCCAAGAACCAUCAGAUGCGAUUCUUCUCCUGUUCGUCGUCGCUGAGGGCAGAGGCACGUCUCACUACGGGCAAAGGCACAAGCAGAGUCGAGCCGACACGCCACGGGGCAAAGGCACUGAGGCCAAAGGAGUAGUCAUGCAUUUCCCCUGACUCACCGCCUUGUCUCAUCUCAUGUUUUAUUAAUAGCAUGCAGCUCAUUGACUAUGCACUCCGCUACUUGUUUUUUUUUUGUUUUUUUUUGUCACACCAAGCAACAUAUACAAAAAAAAAAAAUCACAAACUCAAAUAUACAUUUUCUUCGCUUCUUGCGCGUGACUCAAAUGUGAAUCCCCGCGUUUCGUUUCUCUCCUUCGAUCCUCGGUUCACGUGCAGCGAAAAUUCCUCUGAUUUGACAAAUGUGGCGUGGAGUGGUGGAAAAGGGGGCCCGUUGGCUGUGCCUUCACGCAUGCUUAAGCUCCAAUUUAUUCUGUCCACCUAAGAGCUAGGCUCAAAAGAGAAUGGAGACAUUAGGUAAGUUUGCUCUUUUCCUUUUGAACUGUGCAGAGUCACCAGAGAUCAUUGUAGAUGGAGACGAGCCCAGGAACAUUAGGGAUUCUGUUUUCUCCUGACACGAUCAACCCUGAGCACAUCCUGGUUUAUAGACAUAUGCUCUUUAAGCCGGAGUGCGUGUGGAACUGUCAUGUACAGAUGCAUAUUCAGUUUCAUGCAAUACUUCCUUUAAUACGUGCAUAUGGGUGUGUAUCUGCAAGUGUGCAUGCACAUGUGUGUGUGAGAGUUUUGAGAUCUGUGCCUCUCUGCUCUGCCUCAGUUCAAAAGGGUUUAGUCCCGACAACGUGAUGUCGGGCUGCGUCAGCUCCACCAAUCCCAGCCUGGAUAGCAACAUUAGCAGCCAAUCAGAAACUCCCAGCAGCCUUUGCUGUGUGCCCUCUUUCCAUAUUCAGCAACACUAGUCUCAAUCUGCUGGCUUCCCUGGGAUGUUGCAUAAAGACCCCCCAUUCAACACGCUCCCAAAUUAUAAGUUUCUUACAUCUGCGUUGAAGUAACUCUUUGGCAUCCUACCUCCAUGUGUGUGCAUGUUAAGUGUAUGUGUGUGUGUGUACGUGUGUGUUCAAGCUCACUCGAACUCUCAGAAGCCAAAGUGACAUCUGCAUGUCAGAGGGCAGCGGCAGCUUUGUUUCAUGUCAGGGGUUGAAGAUGCAGUUUGAUGAUUUUGGGGUGAUCACUGUGUCUUGCUGUUCUUUCGCACACUGCAGAUCAAUUUUGCACACAUUUUUUACACACAAGCAUACUGUUCAUCCCACAUUAUGCACAAGUGCUCAUUAUGCCUACUCAUAGGCUGUUUUACUCCAUUUGUGCGUACAUGCGGAUGAGCGGAGCACACCCGUACCGCGCACGGAGACAGUGCACACAGCUGAACCAAUGGCACAUCAGAUGGUUUAUCGGUUACUUCCUUGUUUCAGAUCAGAGGCCCGCUUCUAUUUCUGACGUUUUUUCCCCUUAUCUUCAGGCAAAGGAUAGAAGCAUCUUAUACCAUAACUUUCUUGACAGUAACCAGUCAACUAAUUUGCUCCCUUUGUUGCCCUACAACCCUCUUUUCUCCUCAACCCAUUUGAGUAAAGGUCACCUCUGCUCUUUGCCCUUUUUUGAGAUUUCUCUUGUCACUUUUCUCUUUCAUCCUCCAUCCCCUAAAUUGGGUUCUCCACAUCCUUUCCCAGUUUCCCUGUCUAGUCCUAUUUAACCCUCUUCCUAACCUCAACUGUCUCACCUGCAACCCUCAACCCCUGUCCUCCUCGCAGUGAGCGUAGCGACAGAGAAAGCAAGCUAGCAAACGGCCCCAGAGCCCGUCAGCACAUCCGCAGAGCAGCGCAGUGAGUCGACCGCUCCCUGAGGCCAUCCGCUCAUCACACAAACACACUCGCAUCCACUCACUCCACUUUUAUCUCUUAGUCACUCUCUCCCUUUCCCUGCUCCUCAUCCUCAUCCUCCCCCACCCCCAUUUCCCUUUCUCCCAUCUCAUCCUCCGUCUUCCCUUCCUCCUUCCCUCACCCUCCGCCGCCCUUCAUCUUAACAAGCGAGGCUUUAACCCUCCUCUUUGUUUCCUGCAUCUCUUUUCCUCUUCCCUUCCCUUGUUUCCUGCACCUUCUCUCUUUUGAGGCCACGCAGUGUUUCACUGUGUGGGCUGCUGAUGCUGCGUCAGUGAACAGGCAUCACAUGCACAUGCGGGUAGACGCAAACACACAAAUGCAAGGUUAAGAUGGCCGAGGCAGCUAUCCUCAUUUGAUUGUAUCUGCACGUACAUGCAUGCUCACCUUCGUAAGUGGAUGUAGGUGUAUGUUAAAGGAGCCACAUGCCAGAAAUAAAUAUUUUAUAAGUCUGUUGCAUCAGUGCUGGAGAGAGAGUCGGCUAUGGCGACCAUUUGUUAUCCAUGAAAGCAGUUUUUUGUUCUGUUGUUUUUACGAGCUUGUGUUCAGGUCCUACAUUCACUAAAUUCUUUGUCUAAAUUAUGAGGACUGCUUAUCACAGAAACACACAUGCAUAAAUACAUAGAGGGUCAGAUCACCAGACAGACAUAAAUCAAUCUGUCUCCCAUCUGCCUCGUCAUCCUUAAAGCGGUUAUUUUCUUCAAUCAAAUUAAGCAUGAAUUUUCCCUUUAUAUGAUACGUUCACCCCAGCUGGCUGCGACACACGCCAAUUCCCUGUUGGGGUACCCCAAGGUCCCCCCCUGUGUCACCACAUCCCUCAAUUUAGGGAUGCUAAAGCCAAACCCCACAGGAGGAGACCUUGACCUCUGACCUGCGACCUGUGCAACCCCCCACACUUCUAGCUAACCUCUUCUUCCUCCUCUGGUUGGCUGAGUAAGGCUUGCUUAUUACCAGGUGUCACUUAUUACACCCUUACGCACUCUGACGGCCAUAAUUUAUGGAGAUUGCGGCACGUGUGUGUGCACAGUGGGGGUUGAGUUAUGUGUGUCGGUUGGAUUGUGCUCAAGAUGCACAUUAUAUAACAUAUAAAAGUUAUUUUGCAAGUUUGCUUUCGUCAGACACAAUAUUCGGCGUGUUUUGUGCACAAUGGUGUGCAUGGAAACUAACUGAAACAGGAAAGAAGAGUUUGAAUUGAAGAGAGAGCACAUAGACAGACAGGGAUACAACUUCUUAAAAAAAAGGGAAACAUUACAUCAAAACUCUGAUUCUGAUUCUUGACUAGUUUAUGGCCUUGGUGUUGGUGUAUUGGUAACUAUAGACACAGAAAUGCAAGAAGAGGAGUAAAACACAGUAUUUAUAUAAGAAUAUCAAAAGUUUCUGUUCAGUUUUAGACAAUAAAGUUGACACCACACCAAUUUUAGUGAGUUAUUUUUAAAGAUUUAGGCUCUGAAAUAAGCUUUGCAGCAAAAAAAAAUCAAUACUUUCUACAGAUAUUCUGAAACAGAUCAAUACUGUCAGAUAAUGUUGGUGUCGUCUUUUAUUUGAAAUCAUUUUAUAAAAUGUUUGCUCUGUUUCUUUAAGUUUAGAAUCACAAUGUUCCCCAAAUAUUUCCCUUGUCUGCUAACAAACUGACAUAAAAACAGAUUUUUCUUCAUGGCAAAAUAUUAGCACGUGAAAUUGCAGAUUUGAAUAAAUUUGGGGAAAUUUAACCGCUAAUCUCAUCCGGACUGAUUCGAGUACAACCGUAGAACAAGCUCUUCUUGUUAGAUUUAGACACAGCUAAAAAUAAACAUAGUAAGGGCCAGAAUCUCAGUGCUCUGACAACAUGCCCAGAACCAUGAAGUGAUCAUGUUAGAGAGCACUGCUCCUGUAGUGAAAAUAAAACUGAAGCUAAGCACAGAGAUAAAACGUUUUUUUUUUUUUUUAAAGAGACGAUAGUUACUGCAGUAAUCUACAUGAUAUGCUGUACACCUUACAGUCGCACACACACACACGCACGUGCACAGCACUGUUACUAAGGCACACACAGUUCUGCUGUUGGUUUAAGGUUGCCUCCGUAUGUGUACUGUCACCAUCUGACAGCCAGCGGAGCAUCACUUGGCGGUUUUUGCUCUGUAUGUUUGCAUAUGUCACACAUUCCCUCCCCUUAGUAUAUAUAAUCUGCGUAUGUGUGUGUGUUUGCACGUGCAGGGUGAGUGUAUGUGUGUGUGUGUUCCUGUCCGCUGGGGAUGCUCUCACCAUCCCAGCUCCGUACUCUGCCUCUGUCUCCAGCGCGUCAGGAGCGGCUUACAUAAGAACAGGGCAAAAAUAGCAGCUGAGAGGGGAGAGGAGGAGAGGGCUCUGCUGGCACGCACACAGUCGUAACGGGACCGCGGGGCACGGCACAAUCCGGAGUACUAUCACGCACACACACACACACACACAAAGGAAAGACUGCAGUUAUCAGCCAUUGUACCUUUUUUUUUUAAUUUGUGUUUACUUUUUAUGACAGAAUAGUAGAAAUGAGAGCUGUUCGUCAGGCUCCGUCAGCGUGAAAAGCUCCAAAUUACUCCAGACGUGUAAAGUGUGAGCAGGUAUAACCCUUUGUAAUAUUGACAGUUUGUAAGAAGGAAUAAAGUAGCAGAAAGAAACUCAAUUAGAUUGUCCAUUUAAGUGCUCACUUAGAUGCAGUUUAAUUGGUAUGCAAUAAUCCCAAAUUCACUUUCUUUUCCUCCGCACUCAAAUACAAAAAGUCACUAAUUAUGCAAAAAGAAAAAAACGUCUUAAUUGCCGACUCUGACAAUAGCUCGACUUGUGAAAUGUUUACUCUUUCCUCUCAGUAAUUAAAAGCUCCUCUUCCUUCUUCCCUCAUCUGCUAUCUUUUUUUUUUUUUGUUUAACAUUUAUUUUGAGUGCAGAAGAGGCCAAAAACAACAAGGAGUAAAGAGGGACAGAGGUGAAGAGGCGGAGAAGUGUAGUUAAUCUCAGCUCUUGUGGCUGUGGUUGUGUAAAAAAAAGAUACCAAAGAGGAAUAAGACAAGGUGAGACUACUUGUUUGAGCCAGGAGCGAGGAAAGGGAGCAUGUUUAUGAAGAAUAUGCUUAAGGUUUGGUCUUCCAGUCUGUUAUUUUUAACUUUUUCUUAUCAUAUCCGUCUUCUUAUUUUGGGUUUUUCACAGCAGAAAAUGUACAAACCAUUUUGUCUCCUCUGUCUGCAUCCUCAGCCCAAGAACAGAUAUGCAUUUAGGGUUGGAGAGGACAAGGAAUAGAAGUUUAGGGGGAAAAAAAGAGGGAAUUAGUAAGUGGGGAAUAUGGAAAGCGCCAAUGACAAAAGGUGACUGUGCAUGGUUUGCGGAAAGAGGAAACAGAGGUGAAGUUGGAAGCAGGAGAAAUAGCAGGCUUUUAUCCCCCAACAGCCAGCAGGGACAGGCUGAGUGGUGCCAUUUUUUUGCGUGCAAGGAUAAACACUGGAAGAGAUUUAACAGACUUGCAGGAAAUCUCUACGGGUUUGAACACAACAAGCGCAGGAAAAAAAAGUGAAUUCAUGUAUGUUUGUGCGCUCAGGUUUGAGCUUGAAUGUCUGUUGGAGAGAGGAGCUACUCCCUCGGAGACUUGACAAACCCAACCGCACCUCCCACUUUGUCGGAUUGCGCUUCCAUUUGUGUUGAAGUGACUUCUUUAAAAUCUUUUGAUUCAAGAGGGGGGAAAUUAAUUAAUAUUUUUGGCUCUGUGGGCGUAGGUCAGCGACCCUGAGGAGGCAGCAUGUAUACGUGUGUGUGUGCUUGAGACCGGUAGCCCCUCCCCUUCUGUCCACCCCCCAUUACCCUCUGCUUUCAGAGGCAAGGCUCUCAUGCAUAAUGCAGAGAGAACGGGGAGGCUCUCAUUAAUAAUUACUGCCGCCUUUGAUGGAUGGAGAAAAUAACGAAGGGGGCUGUUAAAAUGGAGAGAGCAAGAGAGAGACGGCGGAGGCGGGAGGGAAUCGAAGUUUUUUUGGAGGGUGGUAUUUGUUGCUGUUGUAGUUCUUUGAGGACCAGAGGCUUUGGGGAGGGCUUUGGACCUAGUAUAGUCAAAAGCUGGGCUGAUGUUUGGAUGGUUUUCAUAUUUUGAUUAGGAAGUAACUCCUCUUCAGAUGGUGGAAGAAUCUCUGAAGAUGUGAGAAAUCCUAAAUGUCUUUGUGUUGGAAGCAGCUCCCACCACUCAGGGGUUUGCUUUGACUUUCCUCUAGUAUUUUCUUUCAUUAAUCCUCUUUUAUUUAUUUUUUUUCUCAUAAAAAGGCUUUCGUCAUGUCUCUUUAUAAUUUGCAAAAUUAAAAGUAAAGGCUGGGGGUAAUUCUUGGUCCUCUUGUUAAAUAGCUUUCACCAAACUAAAGCAGCCAACCUAGAAGUCCUGUGAUAUAUGAUGCUCGUUUUAAUAUGUUUUAUUCAUAUUGUGGUCACUCACCACACAAAGCUACCUCUGUGUGUGUGUGUGUGUGUGUGUGUGUGUGUGUGUGUGUGUGAGCGGUAUAGAGAUGGUCAGAACCUCAGGGGUCAACAUGGAAGGUCAGAGGGAACGGCAGAGCUACAAGACCCCUGCCAGCCAGCCAAUCACAGUAAAGGCUCCGCCGGGCAGCCAAUGACAGAGCGGCUUGAUGGCCUUUGAUGAGGGGGCCACCAUUAGCCUCGUCAGUGAACAACAGCGCUGGGGGCAAGAUGGCCGAUGUCCAACGCUGCAGAGAUGUAGAAGAAGAGGGUGAGGUUAGAGAUGAUGGGGAGACAGAGGGAGUCCAAUGAGAAUGAGAGUUAAUUUACAAAGAAUAUGAACUAUUGUUUUCAAACCAGCUAGAUGACUGAAUUUGCUCUGGUCAUAAAAUUCAACCGUAAUACCUGAAGAACACGGUGUCCCGUCUUUGAACCACCAGUCUCAAUUAAGAAUUACCGUAUUGACCUGAAUAUAGGAUGAGCUCUUUCCCCUUGAAAUACAUCUGAAAGAAAAGGGGUCAUCAUUUUUUUCAUGAGUUUAGUAUUUGCAUGCCAAGAUAGCGUCACUUUGCUGUAAAGCGAACAUACCCCACAUACCCGGAACAAUGUAGCACAAAAACAGAAAAAUGCAACACAGCAGAGACGUGACAAAGACCAGGAAUACGGUGCCAAUGAGAGCAUGAUGUCAGAAGACGAUGAGCGAAUAAAUCCUGUCUUAAAAAACAUGUGUUGAGUAUGUUACUAAAUGACAGAUUGAACAACUUUCUUCCUUUUCAAAGACUGCAGAUUACUUUGCGUGUUAGUGUCUGAACAGCAGUAUUUGGGUGCUCAUAUACACUUUUUUAUUUUACUUACAAGAAAACAACCAUACCUAAUUCACUGUGUCUGUUUACUGUCAUCGUCGUUCAAAAUUGCUUCUCAUGAUUUGGUCUUUAAAAACUCAAAUCCUAAAAACGUUUCUGAAAAGGGGAAACAAUCCUAAAUUCUGCACAUCAUCCUGCUCUGUCCUCCUUUUCUGUGGACUCCUUGUUUCUGACCUUUGAAGGGAUCAGAGUACAUUAAAUCUUCAUUGAAGCCUCGCAACAAUCAGAAAUGACAAGUGAAAACUUUUAGCCGAGAGAUACAUGAUUAUGUUGUCGUGUUUGCGUGUAGCACCGAACGCUGCUGUGGUUGAGUAGCAUGGCUAUAUAGACUCUACAUCUUUGUUUUAUUUAAGGCAAAGAUCUUUUGACCAAAGGGGGAGGGAAUCGAGGGAAAGACCUAAAAGGUGUGAUAGUGUUGCGGUGAAGUUGGCUACUAUGACUAGAAAAUACUCCCAUUUAUUUCCUGAGAAAAGAACCCUUCCUCCUUCUGUCCAGGAGUCGAAUAAAGCCUGAAAAUAAAAACUCCCUCCAUUUUGGGAUUGAAAAGAAAUUGUAAGGAAUGAGCUCUGUGCUAAACAGACUCAUAUGCAUGUAUUCUGUUCAACAGAGUAAUCUCCACAGUCCUCUUUUUCUAAAAUCAUAUUUGAACAACUCAAGCAUUUAAUAUUGUUGAUGAAAUUUUCAGUGAAGCAAAUUCUCUGAGGCGCUCAGUGUGCGCCGGAGAGCGGGCGACGUCUGCUUGUCUGCUCUGAUUUGAAUGAAGACUAGAUGAAUACUUAGAGCCAUUUUAUCUAAACAGACUGUGUCACAGAUAGGUUGUGACACACCAUGAUGUAAGGUAACAUUUAAUCUACGGAGAACAAGAUAUGAAGAUCACUGACAGGAAGAUGCCGGCAUAUUGUGGUGCGAGCUGCAUAUUUAUUCAAAAACACUUUCCUGCACAAUGUAAACAGAAACGAGAUAUUAGGAAGUGUAACAAACAUGUCGGAGGACAGAAUUAAUAACAUUGUAGGGCUCGGAUACAAGCAGUCUCACAAGGAAACAUUGAGGUGUGGAAGUGACCACAUUUUAUAGCUUCAUAAUGUCAUGUGUUAUUAUGUUUUCUCUAAUGGAUGGACUUGAUUUCUGCACACCAUUAGAGCACAACACACACUUCAUCACACCACUAAGUUAACUUUGCAUUGCAAAUCUCUUUUGCCCACUUAUAGCUGCACUGACCACAAAUUUGUAUUUACAGUUAACCUAAUAACCAUGUGUAUGCAGUGUUAUGCAAGUCAAGGACUAGGACAUGGAUCUAAUUUAGAAACUUGUGACUGGACUGGGACUUGAACUACAUUACUACAUUUAAAGAUGGAGAGGAGGACUGUGGUGUAUUGAAACAGCGAUUUUAAAUUCUGGGUAAUAGUUCGUAGGUUGCAGGUAUAGCAGUGUGAAGGACUGCGCUCAAGUUAUUACUGCAUGCUUAUUUUUUUAGCAUGAUAUCAAUAGCUCAUUUUUUUCCAAAAGACAUCAUUGUCAAUACUGGUUUAUUGGAACAGCCAAAGUUGUAGAUAUUUUUUACGUUUUUUAGACACCUGCAGUGAUCCCAUGGCAACAGAAACAAUGAGAGUGUCUCCAUUGAUCAUUUCAAUUUGUAGAUAUGAGGAUCAGUCAAUGACACGUUUUUUUCUACACAUUAACAAAGUCCCACAAAGUCAGUUAAGGUCCAUACUGUGCAAAUUUGAAAGUCCCCGGGUAUCAGGGGCUGAACUCAGACUCAGUUUGAUUCCAUUUUGGUGUUGGUUUGGAGAUUGUUUGACUUCAUGGGUUUCCUUCUGUUGGAAUCUUUUAAUCAAUUGUUUUGGUUUUAACAUCUUGCACUUAAAUUUUGUUGGGAUCUUUAUCGCCAUUGCUAUUUCCUUGUUUCCAGUUGCUUUACAUUACUAGAUGAGCAUUUACAUCUGGAGAGCAAAAUUGGUAAAACCAGAUUGGGAUAAGCAGCUCUUUUGCAGUAUAAGAUGACAUUUGUUUGAGCGAUCAAGUUAUUUUAAAGUUAACUGUCUGCCGUGUUUAAUUUGACAUUAACGUCUUGCAGAUAAAUAACGGUUUCCUCUAAAACAAGCAGUCUGCUUCUUCAUCGGUAAUGUUGUUUCUACUUAUCUUCUGUCUCCAUUCUGAUCCCUGAUUAAUGUCUCAUAGCUUCUUGUUAUCUGCUGCUCAAAUGAACUAAGCCACUCUCGCCAUCUGCAACCUGAAAUGCAAAGCUGUAAAAGCAACACCCAGACGCUGUGUGUGGUGUUCGCCCAAGCCCGUAACAAAAGGCCAGAGAUGAAGAUUCAGUCAGAUAGAUGGAGAAAAGAAUGAUGCUUCUCAGUGAAGACAGGAAACAAAAGCUGAGUGGGUGAGCGAGUAAGACAUAAAGAUUUAGAGGAGCCUGCCAUGUAGCGGUCUACGGAUGCCAGAGUUGCUCAGUCUUGUAGCCUCUGAAAAGCUUAAAGUGAUGGCAGUUGUUUGGCCUCCUCAUCAAGGUACGCCAGGGCCUGGGCCUCCUCCAAACACACUGAUGUAAAGCUGAUGAAAAUUUCGACAGUGCCACAUGGAUGACAAAGACGGAGAAGAAGGAAAUGCACCCACACACACACACUCACACACACACACACACACACACAUGAGCACAUACACCUCCACACCGCAGGCCUCCCUAAUGAAAGCCCAAAUCUGCUGUGAUCUCUGAAUUCAUUUGGCUUCAUGAAUUCAAGAUGCAGGAUGAUGACAUAAUUGUGAAAACCUUUUACAUGCAAAUAUCAUUGUGUCUGUGGUGAUUGUGGUACUUAUGUCUGUUGGUGGGGUUUCUGAUUUCUUCUUCGUGUGCGUUUGAUGCAGGUAUGAAGCAGCACGCUGACCAAGGUACUCAGUAUCGUUCUGCCAUUUACACAUCUAACCCCGCUCAGCAGGAGCUUGCAUUGAAGACCAAAGAAUACUUCCAGCAGGUAUACACACAAACACACACACUCGCACACAUCAGAAGGUUAUAUUACGCCUUAACUCAAGCACGGUGUUAGAUUUAACUCAACCAUGUGUGAGGUAGAGAAGCUGCUGCAGAGGAUCCUUUGAAAAAGUUUCUGUAAUUUCUUUUUCUAUGUUCUCUUCAUCCUUGGAGUGUUACAUUAGAUGUUUUGGCACAACAAAACAUCCUUUUAAGCCAAUAUAAAGAACUCUUUGGACUACGAGGCAAAGCUAGGCUGCGGUUUAACGUCGUCUCAGGUAUUUAAAUAACAAUUAAAAACCAGUCUCUGGAGUGGUGACCUCUCAGAGUUUGAUGCUGUUUAGUUAAGAAAAGCCACCUCCAUUAAGCUGAUCUCCAUCUACAUCCAAACGGUGACUCUUGAGGGGUCAAAAGGUCAACAAAACCCACUUCUAGAGCUGUCAGUAGCACACGUGCCGCCCUUUUGUUCCUCCAUCCCUCCAUCUGCCCCUCUGUCCAUCCAUUACUCCAUCUAUCUGUCCGUUCCUCUCUCCACCCUUUAAAUGGUAUUCAUGGAGUAGCUAGCAGGAGGUAGAGGAGAGCAAAUUAUCAUCGUCAUGGUUACUUAGGGACCCCCAAAGGUCAGCAGUCAUGGUCCACAGGGGCGUCUAGGUUGCUGUGGCAACAACCUCCUAACCUUGGCCUUGGGCUGGAGUCAGAGGUCAGAGAGGAGUGGCAGCUGGGACUAGGACGGUGGUGAAUAGAAGGAGGUGAGGCAAGAAAGGAGAAACAGGAGAGCAAUCAGAUCAGUGGGGCCAUGACUGACAGGCUAUCAACUGACGGUGACCCCGUCUAACGUACACACACACUAUUACCUAUAAACAGAUACACCACUUAGGUUUAAAAACUGUGUAUUUAUAUAUCAUUUUCUACUGUUUACUUUUGUGGGUCAUAAAGUGAGAUCAACGUCGACUUUAGUCCUUCAUUACCAGCUAAAAACUUCUUAUUGGCAAAUAUUAGAAAAAUCAUGUUGAUAAGUAAGUGCAACUCUUGCAGUCAUGGUAAAGGUAGACAUGUAUCUGAGGAGUAUAUAUGGAUGUGUUCACCAUGGGAGAAUGACAUAUUUCUCUAGUCCAUGCGUCUUUACUACUUUAUGUGCAUAUGAACUUUUCAGCAUAUAAAUGUCUGGAAAAAGACUGUAUGUCAUUAAUAUAUUCUGUGUUCAGUUCUUUUCCAGAUAGAAUUUUUUCUAAAAAAAGAGAGAAAACUCGAGCAAGACCCUCAUAAUGUUGCCGCUUAAUGAAAUGAUUCUUUGGAAAUUUCCCAAAAAACUGUCCGUCAGUGUCAUGACAUAUCCCCUGAGAUGGGAUUAAAGAGUAGCUUAACAUAUUUUGAAAAUAACUCUAUAUUCGUGUCAUAACAUGCUUUUAAGACAUGUACCGACGAUGCCAUAAUCGUGAGAGUGAGCAGUAUGAAAACAGCCAAGGGUAAGAGUAUUAUCUUCUCAUCACUCUGUGCCAGGAUGAGGAUGAGAACUUUACCCAGUUUACAGCCGACACUCAGGAAAACACUUUAAUUUACCAACAUUCGCAGGAGAAACAGCACUCAGUCUCCUCCCUCCUUGUCCCCCCACCCUCGACAUCGCUGCUGACACCACCGAUCUGUCAACCACUUCACUGGCACCCCAGUUUCAUCUGAGGGCCACUGGGACACAUAUCUUCUCAAAGCAGCUGACACGCUCUGAACCAAAAUGGCAGCUUCCUGCCCUGAAAUGGUUGCCUUUGCCGCAUUGAUGCUGAGUCUUUAGAACGCCAGACUUGAAAAUGGCAUCUUAACAGAGGACGGGCUCGCUCUGUGUGUGUCUGUCUGCGCGAGGUUGUGCGUUAGUGUGUGUGUGUUUUUAUUUUUUUUUCCUAAAAGGCCAAUGUUCUAUAUCAGGAGAAGUGGGUGCAUGUUCAUGAGAGUGACACAAGAGAGUGGGUGGAGGCGAUCUUAGACGAUCAAAGAUAAGACAGGCAUCACAAAAUCCAGAUUCCACCCCACUGCCAGCACAUGACUCACACACACACACACACACACACACACACACAUACACACACAAAGACAUACAUUUGGCACAUACACGCCCAGCCCAAUGAAUAAUUAACCCAUACGAAGAGUCUCUUCUGCAGGGCUUUCAGUUUCUUAACUUCAGCAUUGGAGGGGAGGUGGGAAGAGGGUAGGGUGGGAGGGGGGUGAGGCAGAAAAGCUUGUUUAAGCGCGAGAGCAAAGGGGGAGGAGAGCGCGGGGGGAGAGAGGAGAAGGGGGUUCUCUAUAAUGAAAUUUGAAAUUUGCAGAACAUCAAAGGCUUCUGUAGCCAAGCUGCUGUGGCAGCAGAGAGAAGGAGUGCAUCUCUUUCUCUCCCCCUGUCUCCCCUGUCUCUCUCUCUCUCUCUCUCUCUCUUUUCCUCUCCUUCUUUCCAUCCCUCCCUCUCUGCUAAAAUUUGUCUCCCCAGAGCUGGGUGAGGGGGGUGUGGGUGAGUGGCGGGUGAGAGAGAAGGGAUGGGAAGAGUUGAUUAGGAGGAGAGUGCAGGGUGGUGGUGGAGGAUGGGUUAGAGCUGGGUUAGGGUUUGAAGGGAAAAAAUGGAGGAACGGGGGUUCUAAAUAUAUAAAUGUGUGUGUGUGUGUGUGUGUGUGUGUGUGUGUGUGUGAAUGUAUGAACAAUAGGUUUUAUCAAGCCAGCUUGGAAUAUUGCAUGUGUACGCGCACAUGCAUGUGUGUAGGGCCUUGGAGGGGUGAGUGUGCCCUCUGAUAAGGCAUCCUAACUUAAUGAGCUUGAAAAGGGGGAAGGGGGGGGUGCACAGGGGUUCAGAUGAUGGUUGGAAAAAAAAAAGAGGGGGAUCGUUUGGGGCUAUAAGUCUUGAGGAGAAGCUGGAGGGUUGUUAAAAAGGGGCGCAGCAUGUCACAUGUCUCACACUCUUGUUUUGGAAAGUCUUCAAAAGUCAAAUUUACCGUUCGGACUGUUUCAAAGCUUUAGUGUGCGACAGUCUGGUCGCGUUAAGCACGGCGGUCUCACAGCGUUUUUAAAUGUCUCGUUUACAAAACAGUGUUGGCUAAAAUAUACCACAGAGGUUACAUUUUUUUUUAUAUGAAGCUUGUUGUAAUUGCCAGAAGGUAAAAGUCAACCCCUCGCUGAAGAGUCGUCAGUUUCAAAGCAGCUUAAAUGUUUUAAGGUGCUCACUCCUCACACGACCGCAGGGAUCAUCUUCUGCCUUUUCUAUCUUCGGAUUUGGAGCUACUUGUUGUCUGCCCUGGAAAAAAAAAAAACAAUAACACACAAAAAAAAUAAAGCGCAAAAGCGUGCAUAGCCUCGCAGCGAGACAGAAGUGUGUGCAUCCUCUCUUCUCCUCUCGAAAUGUAGGAGUGUUGGCUUCCUCGCUCACAAAAUGUAGGAGCGCCUGCUGAAGAUUAGAGCCCAGCUAAAAUGGAUGCCUGACCCAGCGCUGAGAAACAGAGAUCAACCGAGCAGGGCAGGGGGUAAAAAUACAAACAUAGACGGGCACACAUAGAGGACACAUUUUUGGCACACACACACAAGCGCAGAUAUUUUAUAAAAAUGGUGAUAAAUGAAAUUUCAGAGGCACAAGAAGAAGCAGAAAACAGUUUCUAAUUCUGUGUUUUAUUCUCUUCUCCACCUUCCUCCACUCUCCUGAUAGUCUCGCGUGUCUCUGCACCAUCCCUCUGUCUCUUCCUCUCUCUGUCUGCCUUCCUCCUUCGUCCUCCUCUCCAUCACUCUCGCUCAGCCGUGCUCUCCCCGAGGUCAUCGAGGGCAAGCGUGGUGCGGCGGACUCGUCGAUAAGUAUCAUGUCAGGCUAUUUCAUGUGUUUUCAGCCAGAGCUACGGUCUGUCUGUACCCGGCACUGUACCACAGAGCAGCUCAGCUUUUCCACAGCUCUCCCCGAGUAUUUACAUUUUGAAGAUGUUGAAGAGCUUUUUGUGCUCUUGUAUUUGACUGUACAGCUGCAGUGAACAUUACAUUAGUUUUACAUGUUAAGAUCAGAUCAAGAGUUUGUAGAUUUCUACCAUAACCAUUUGAUGCAUUUACAUGUUCAUGUUACAGUGUGAAUCCUUUUGAAUUAAGUAGUUAGGCAUAUUUAGGUACAUUAAGAUCCCUCAUUUAAGGGAAGUGCUUAUUUAAUUCCUACAAUAUUUCUACUUUUUUAUUUUAGAAGUUAAGGAUCAAUAAUUUGUAUAAUUAACAUACAAUCAUCAUGUUAAAUAAAGCAGUUAGGUAGAUUGUGCAACAUUAAAUAUGCAGCUUUAUCAUAGAUUAAAAUACCCAAAUUAUAUAGAUAUUAGCUUAAAUUUGCAUCAGCAGUUUAAACCUCUAUGAUUGAAAAUGUGAAACUUUAAAUGUCGUUUCUUGCCUUAAGUAUUUUUAUUCUUUAUUAUUUUAAGUGUCAAGAGGAAAACUGAGAUUUGUGUGUCUCCUCGAGUAGAAUUAGGAAUAUUGGACCUCGAUCUUGUCUAACAAUUCAGUCAUUGCAAUUCUGAGGGUAGAGAUCUGAAUACUUCUCCCACUUCUGCUGAAUUAUUAGAUUUACAUAGUAAAUCUUGUAAAACGGGCUGUGUAACUACUGUAUUUAAUUAUGGUAAUGCUUAUAAAGCAAAUUUGAAUUGAGCUCAAGACUGAGAUGAGGACAUUAAUAAAACAGCAGCGCUGUGUAGACAGUGACAUGGUAAAUAGUGACCACACACCAGCACCAGGAGUGGACUGAGGGGUGAUUACAUAAAUCACAGAAUCGAGGUCAUAUCCCUCUUCAAAUGUCUUCACCAUGAGUCAUCGGGUGUCACAAACUCUAUGUCAAUGCGCGUCUCAUCCACACCACUCCGCAGCCUGGGCCUUCAGUGGAAAAAAAAAAAAACAGAGAGACAAGACAGUAGGGUAGGAAAAGAGAAGAGAGUACAUUUUCCUCCUCCUCCUCCUCCUCUUCUUCUUCCUCCUCCACCUCUACCCUCUCUCGGGGUGUCACGUCCUAUUUGUGUCCUGAGGCCGUCUCUCUGGCAAUGGCGAUGGCAAGAGGGGCUCUCUCUCGCUUGGCUGGAGAGCAGGGAGGACUUGGUUGCACGAAGCGGUGGUCUGUGCUCACAUGGGAGAGAGAGAGGGAGAGAGAGAGAGAGAGAGAGAGAGAGAGAGAGAGAGAGAGAGAGAGAGAGUGCGAACAUGGAGGAAGUUAAAGAGAGAGAGAGUCAGAGAGGUAGAGAGAUGCACCCGUUCAGCCAUGUCUUUGACAGGGGAGUCUUUCCGACAGGCGUGAAGAAAGGAAGGGCUGACUGGGCUGAGUGAGCUCAGCCCUUGACACACACACACACACACACACACACACACACACACACACACACACACACACACACACAUACAUGAUUUCAUUGCUUGGGAGGACAUUGCAUUGAGUAGCACUCAUUCCCUCGCGAUUUAACCUCAUAUUAACUGUGAUAACUACAUGCCUAACCUUAACCUUUAUCCUAAUCUUAACCAAACUAGGAGUCUCAAGCAUAAAAUUUCAAUGUUUUGCCUUGAAAGGACCCAUUUUCUGUGGUCAGAUGGGAGUGAAGUCCCCAUUAUGAGGCUAUUUAAGGAGGAUUUCGUGCCCUCCGUUUUACCCUCGUGAAACUGUAGCUAUACCAGGUUUAGGAUUUUUGACCCCCAGAGUAAAUCCUUUCACACAUAUUCAGAAACGUGCAUGAAAAACUAGGCUGAGCACAUUUCCCUUCCUCAAAGUCACCAUCGUUUAACAUCAUCAUCAUCAUCAGCAUCAUCAAAAGGCUCAGCUUGUUGACAUCCUGACGUCCAGUCCGCUCUCCCUCUCUCAGAUGUUCUAUCCUCCAUCUUUGGUGUUUUUACCUUCCCUCCAUUCCUCCACCGCUGCUGCAGUGAGAGAGAGAGAAAGAGAGAGAGAGAGCGUGAAGCCACAUAAGGUUAUACACAGUGGCGUGACGCCAUGCAUUCUGAUUUAUAGAUCUAAAAUGGCCGCCGUGUUGUGACUGCUGUACAGGGCUGGAUGGAGAGCGAGGGACUCGUGCGGUGGAAGGGGGGGGUGGGGGGUUAUAUGUUUGCCCAGAAUAGCAGACCUUUUCUUGGACAUGUUGUUCUGUGCACAUGAAGCAUCCUCUGCCCUGAAGCGUUUGCUACCACAGUGGUUUGGUGAUGAUGAGUGAUUAAUUAGGCCAUGAUGUCCACAGCUCUGCGCUUGUGUCGGCCGCUUUACCACAGCGCUGCUGCUGCUGGAUGUAGGCAGGGGGAAGAAAUGGGCUCUUCCGUGUCAGAGUGCACACAUUUGAAAGGUAAAUAUUUCCACGCUCGUUGAGGUUGGUAUUCCGCGUGGAGAGCUGUUUGGUUUGUGGAUGUUUGGUCGUUCCUGCAGGGAGAUUAGAGCCCUCACAUUGUAGCGGCAGCCACCGAGGACUUAGAGGUCAGCUGCUGCCUCAGCCUCUCUGUGGGGCGCAGAGCUUUGAUUUACUGACUCCACUGCAUCACCUCCAGCGCGCACAUACACACACAGAUGCACACCCACACACACACACAGCUGGUACCACACUGCCUCCAUGUGGACAAAAUGACAACCUACCCUCCUGCCCUUCACUGACAUUAGAUUAUCAGACAAGGCGUGUUACAUUUUUAUCCCCUGUUCUUCUCCUGAAGAUGACCUGAAAGUUUCAGCUGCUCUCUCUUAUGCCAAAGCAAAGGCUGCUGAAUAUCUCAGACGUUUUAAAUUCAGACUCCUUUUUAGCCUUUGUACAUGGUACUCGCUUAAAUUGGAGGAAAACAUGGCCCCUGAAAGUCUUUUAAGUCAAGUUUCAAAUGUUAUCUCCUACAGUUUUAAUGUUCGACUCAAUCAUUCAUCAAAAACAAAAGGCCAAAAAAUAUCUGGUCGGUAUCUGAUAAGUAUUUUUCACUGUUUUCUAUGCAAUUUCAUGAACCAACUGGUAAUAAACACAUAAGAAUUCAGUCAUUUCUUCUUUUAAAAAACAAUCAAAUUCAAAUUUUCAUUUGUAGCAGUCUGAAACUGGCUUCACAGUGUGUUUUUUAAUGUGGUGGUCUUAACAGUCAUCAGACUUGAACCAAGUCUGACGUCAGAGUCAACUCUCUUUGCAACUUUUAACAGUUGUAGCAGUUAGUUUCUUCAAACGCUCACUGAGACCUCGGCAAGUCCAUGCAAAGACUCACUAGAGCUGCUCAGCAAGCUAGAGAGGAUCUGCAACUUUUCUUUAAUAUGUCCCAUUUAAUGUUUUUGUCUGUUAGAGUCCCCUAGACCGUUAGAGAUCAACCUGUUCAAACAGCACAGACCUUAUUGUCUGAUAGUUUAUUACAAGUCAAGCAACAUCUUUAAUGUUACUUUAAUUAUCAUUAACAGGCAAAAAAAACUAAAUUGAUUCCAGGAUAUCCAGCAAAGAAGAAGAACUACAACUGAAAAACGACUACAGUAUACAGUAGAUAACAAUAUUAAAGUAAAGGACUCAAACGGAAGCUGAUCAGAACAUAUGGAGCAAGAACUGACUACAUUUAGCUCCUGUUUCGUGGUACUUGUUGAACUCUGCCAAUUGACGCCCCCAGAAGGCUCUGCUCUUCAUGCUGCACAUUGUUCUGAGGUGUACUGAGCUACAUGCGAGCUACUUGUUGCCCACAGACAGUCCCAGUGCUCCACGAACUUGUUGUUUUGUCAGCUCUCUGGAGCACUGAUCUAGAGAGGACUGAGUGCUUGUAUUAUUAGAUAGAGAAAACCACUCAGUGCAGCUUGUGUUUGAUAUAUUUGUCAAAGGUGUUUAGUGUGUGUUUGUGUGCGUGUACGUGUGUCUGCGUGAAGGAGUGCGCUUUUUUUUUCCACCCGUGUCUUUGAAGCCUUUUCUCAAGGUGUUUUAAAAGUGUAAGUAUGAAAGUGUCUUAAGGAGUUCUCAAAGAGAGCGGAUACCCUUUGAUGCUUUGUCCCACAGAGAGAGCCACAGAGGCAAGCUGCACUACAAAAAGGAAAAGAUGCUCCUUUCUUCUGUCACUCAGUCACCCUGCUUCCUCGUCGACUAGCAGAAACUCUUUACUGUAUUAGUGAGAGGUAUCCAAAGUUCACACCCAAUACACUGCAGAAUAAAACAACCAUUUAAGAGGUGUGCUGGCUUUGAGAAAGUUACAGAAGAAGGAGAAAGAAGUGCUGAAUGUAUGUCAUGACUGAGCUGGUGGGAACUGAAUCUGAAAACAGGAAAAAGCUGCAUGUAGAGAUUUUUUUUUUCCCAAACCAGGUGAAUUAUGAUGAAGAGAGAAGGCUGCUGUGAAAUACUCUGCACAUCAUCUAAAGACUCAAAUGUGGCAAAAACCGUCCUUUAAGUGUUCUGAACUAUGUUUGUAUCCGUCCCUAGGAGCUGGAUAAGAAAGGCCAUGGUACCAUCACUACUGAGAUCUUGGAGGGGCAGCAGUUCUACUACGCAGAAGACUAUCACCAGCAGUACCUGAAGAAGAAACCUAAAGGCUACUGUGGUCUCAAAGGCAUUGGUGUCUCCUGCCCCAGGAUCACUGGAGAGCAGGAUCCCUGAUGGGUGUGAUGGGAGAAUUUUAAGGAUUGGAUCGGGUCUUUUGGGUCAUAAUUUUUCAUCUUUCCAGUCUUAUCAGUCGCACUGGCUGUUUAUACAUUUACAGUGCAUAUAUCACUACUGCUUUUAGACGAUGACAUUAUCUGUCAAAUACAAUAUCAAGCCUUAAAAUGUCUUUUAAUGACAGUUUUAACUCUGGAAUUUUAUAAAAUGUAAAAUGCAAAGGGAAAUUCUUUAUCAUGCUGUAUGUCGGUACAGCAGCUGAGUUUCUGUCGGGCUGCAGUGAUGUAGAACGUCCACAAGGGGGUAAUGUUUCCCGUUAAAAAACAGUGUAACCGUCACAGAAAGGCUGUUUCCCACCCCGUUUGGGAGAGAACGUUUGUGACUUCUAGCCAAAUGAAAGUCUGUCUUCCAUAGUUGGUUGAUUUCAAGAACAUCAAGGUGAACAUCUCUCUCUCUCUCGACAGGUGAACACUUUUACAUCCGACAUUUUUACAUCCACCUCAGUGCCAUGGUAAUAAGGUUAAUGAGCUCUACAUGCUCAUUAGUUGAGUAAAAGAAACACUGUUACUACCUAUGCAAUCUUGUUUUAGCUUCAAAGGGAAUAAGUGGUUUGAGUGACUUUACUUCUGUAUCGGUGGACUGUGCCACCUUGACUCUGUCUAAUGCCUGCUGGCUGAAAUAUUAAAGUACAUCUUUAAUAUUUUUUU